AUGAUAUCUUUUACAGCAUGGCAGUGAUGGCUCUGCCACAAUUUACUCAUGACUUUGAAAUUUAGAGUCGGGACUGGGCCAAUCCUUAUUGCCAAGGAUCCGCUGUGAUCUUCUGCUUCCUUUGGAAAAACCAAAAAGAUCUUAAUCGCCCUGACUGUAGAAGGAACUAUCAUGAAUUGGCAUGGGACAUCUGGAAAAAUGCUCAAUACAAUUAAGUUAGACUGCCAGACUUUAAGCCUAAACUACGAAUAUGAAGGAAACGCUUCGCUGCUAUAG